AUGUCUAGCGUGCAUAUGUUGGAGCUUCCCGAUGAUUGCCUCUAUUAUAUAUUCAAUUAUCUAGAGGCAGAAGAUCGUUUGAAAUUCGCUCAGGUCUGUCAUCGAUUCAAACAGGUGUUCGUCGCAAAGCUUAGAAAAAAAUAUUGUGACUAUAGUUUAGAAUUAAAGUGUCAACGACUCGAAUUGCUUGAGUUUUCAAUGUGUCGUGAGAUUGUGGAACGUUUAAGUAUUAAUUUAGCUUACUUUGAACUAUAUGAAGUGCAUCCAAUCAACAUAUCGCUGAAACUGUUUCACAUUGUAUGUGGCAGUUCGUUGGAUAUGGAAAAUCUACGAUAUUUAAUUGUUCACGAUCCCACAGGUAGAGUACAAACAGUUGAAAAGCCCUUUGAACAGAUCUUGAUGGCUGUGGCACAUUUAGGUCAAUUGAAACGACUCGAAAUUCAUGCCAAAGCAGAGUGCUCUUUGGAAAAUCUAAGUCAGUUGAAACAUCUGGAGGAAUUGCAAUUGCAUUUACCACAUAUUGAAGCUUCAACAUUGAGCAAAUGUUGUCAAUCCAAUUCAAAUCUACGUGUACUUUAUCUGCAAUAUAAUUGCGUAAAAAGGAAUCUAAAACAAAUUGUACCACAUUGCAAAAAUUUGGAAGUGCUAACAUUUGGUAUGGCUGCUGAAGCCUCUGACUUUAAGCCAUUGGCUAAUCUACCCAAAUUGAAAGAGCUCACACACUCGGGCAUAAGGAAAAGUGGCUCCUUUCAGCCAUUACUAAGAGCUUUGGCCAACAAAUCACAAUUGGAACGUUUGGUCAUCAGUGGAGUUAGUCUAAAUAUGCAAGAAGCUGAGGAAAUUGUACAAAUCGAUAGUUUAGUCAAAUUGAAAUGCUUCUGCUCCUCCAUUCAAUGCGUAGAGAUGCUGGCAAAAGUGUCAAAGCUCGAGGAACUUUGUCUAUGGAUGUCCACAUCAGAGGAUAUAACCCAUGCCCUACUCAAAAUUGUCAUCAAUUGUACAAAUUUGAAACUUCUCUUUCUGGCUGGGGGACAUGUUCAAAGAGAUUUUGUUGGCCAAGUGCAAAAACUAAAGGUUGGGCGAAUGCUUAAACUGCAGAUACCAUUUGUUCAACAGCAAUUGAAUGAGGAAUGCACUAAAGUCAAUAAACUCAACAAGUGGACUGAAUUUUAGAUGUGAAUAAUGUACCUUAGAGCUUUAUUUUUCAGAGUUCGGAUAUAUGUCAGUUUGUUCUUACUCAAACAAAAAAAUUAACCAUUCUCUUGCAGUCAGCUUAAAGGAAUUUAAUCUUGCCAAUGACAGGAAAAAGUAAAGCGACAGAUCUCAUGAAACGAAACGGAAUCGUUAGAAUCUAAUUUAAGAUCUAAUCAGAUAUUGUUAAUAAUAUUCCUAUGACUUAAUGUAAGAUUAAAUAAUU